CUUUUGUUCUUAUGGCAACAGAUGGAAGAUACCAACUGGACCAGUGUAUCCCACUUUGUUCUCUUGGGCAUUUCUACCCACCCCAGAGAACAGAUCCCACUCUUCGUCCUUUUCCUACUCAUGUAUGCAAUCAACAUGUCUGGCAACUUUGCCCUUAUCACACUGAUUAUCUCUACUCCACACCUCCACACCCCCAUGUACAUCUUCCUCAGUAACCUGGCCUUGGCAGACAUCUGCUUCACCUCCACCACGGUCCCCACGAUGCUGCACAACAUUUACUCUCCUACAAAGGCCAUUUCCUACAUGGGAUGCUUAGCCCAGACUUAUUUCUUCAUAUGCUUUGUAGCCAUGGAAAACUUCCUCCUGGCUAUAAUGGCCUACGACAGAUACAUCGCCAUCUGCCACCCUCUCCGCUAUCCUGUGAUUCUAACCAGAAUGCUGUGUUCACAGAUGGUGGCUCUGUGCCAUAUCCUCUCCCAUCUUCAUGCUCUGCUGCACACCUUUCUCAUGGGCCAAUUAAUCUUCUGUGCAGAUAACAGGAUCGCUCACUUCUUCUGUGACCUCUACCCUCUGAUGAAGUUAUCCUGCUCCAGUACCCACCUCAACACCCUGAUGAUUCACACGGAAGGUGUUAUUGUCAUCCACGGAGCUCUGGCCUUCAUCAUUGCCUCCUAUGCAUGCAUCAUCUCAGUGGUCCUCCGUAGCCCCUCAGCCAAGGGCACAUGGAAAGCCUUUUCUACCUGUGGCUCCCACCUCACUGUGGUGGCUGUCUUCUAUGGCACCCUCACCUGGGUCUACUUCCAGCCUCUUACCAGCUAUUCAGUGGCCAAAGGUCGCAUCCUAUCAGUCAUGCACACAGUGGUGACCCCCAUGCUGAACCCCUUCAUUUACAGCCUGAGAAAUGAGAAUGUCAAGGUAGCCUUCAGGAAAUGGAGGAGCCGAACACGGCUUUCUUUCUUUAGGUAAAACCCCAAAACACAGUUUAAGUUUUAUCUGUGAUUCUGGAGAAACAGUUUUGUCCUCA